AUGUCUUACGGCGGUGGCGGCUACAGAGACCACCAGGGCGGCGGCGGCGGUGGUUACAACUCCAGAGGAGGAGGCGGCGGUGGUUAUCAAGGCGGUGGUGGAAGCAACGGAUACUCCAACGGCCACUCUGGCGGUCCCAGCUCAUAUGGCGGCAGCGGAGGUGGCUUUGGAGGUGGUGGAUUUGCCGCCGGCGGCCAAGGUGGUGACAGAAUGUCCAACCUCGGUGCUGGCCUGAAGACACAACAGUGGGACAUCAGCACUAUGCCAAAGUUCGAGAAAUCCUUCUACAAGGAACAUCCAGAUGUUUCUGGCCGAAGUCUCCAGGAAGUUGAGGCCUUCCGAAAAGAAAAUGAAAUGACUGUCUUCGGAAAAGACGUCCCACGCCCAGUCGAGAACUUCGACGAGGCUGGUUUCCCACAAUAUGUCAUCUCUGAGGUUAAGGCCCAGGGCUUCGCCAAGCCAACCCCUAUUCAAUCCCAGGGUUGGCCCAUGGCUCUCUCUGGACGUGACGUCGUCGGUAUCGCCGAGACUGGUUCCGGAAAGACCUUGACUUACUGUCUCCCCGCAAUCGUCCACAUCAACGCACAGCCGCUCCUCGCCCCCGGUGACGGCCCCAUUGUUCUCGUCCUUGCGCCAACCCGUGAAUUGGCUGUCCAGAUUCAGGCUGAAAUUACCAAAUUCGGCAAAUCUUCUCGCAUCCGAAAUACCUGUGUGUACGGUGGUGUUCCCAGAGGACCCCAAAUCCGUGAUUUGACCCGUGGUGUCGAAGUUUGCAUUGCCACCCCCGGCCGUCUCAUCGAUAUGCUCGAAUCUGGAAGAACCAACCUUCGCAGAGUUACCUACCUCGUUCUUGACGAGGCUGAUCGCAUGUUGGACAUGGGUUUCGAACCCCAAAUCCGCAAGAUUAUUGGCCAGAUCCGACCUGACCGACAAACUUGCAUGUGGUCUGCGACUUGGCCUAAAGAUGUCCGCCAGCUUGCUAACGAUUUCCUUAAUGACUACAUUCAGGUGUACAUCGGCUCGCAAGAUCUGUCUGCUAACCAUAGAAUUACCCAAAUUGUCGAGGUUGUACCAGAGUUUGAGAAACGUGAUAAGAUGAUCAAACAUUUGGAACGCAUCAUGGAGGAUAAGAAAUCAAAGGUUCUCAUCUUCACUGGCACCAAGCGUGUUGCUGAUGAUAUUACCCGAUUCCUCCGCCAAGAUGGCUGGCCUGCGCUGUCUAUUCACGGUGACAAGCAACAAAGCGAGCGUGACUGGGUAUUGAACGAAUUCAAGAGUGGCAACAGCCCAAUCAUGGUGGCUACCGAUGUAGCUUCGCGUGGUAUUGAUGUUCGCGAUAUCACUCAUGUGCUCAAUCAUGAUUAUCCGAAUAACUCGGAAGAUUAUGUCCAUCGUAUCGGCCGUACUGGUCGUGCCGGUGCCAAUGGAACUGCCAUUACCCUAUUCACCACUGAGAAUGCUAAACAAGCCCGUGACUUGGUUAAGAUUCUCACCGAAUCUAAGCAACAAAUUGAUCCCCGUCUUGCUGAAAUGGCUCGCUACGGUGGCGGUGGCGGCGGCGGCCGUUACGGCGGUCGUGGCCGUGGCCGUGGUGGUGGUGGUUUCACUGCUUCCAACUCUGCUCCUCUUGGAAACCAUCGAAGAUGGUAA